AUGAGAGUCAGAACUAGUCUAAGGUUGGUCGUAGAAGAAGCUGUUAUGAUUUUUUAUCAAGAUGAGGAAGCUGAUCUUGACCUUAUCUCGACGUUAUCGCGACAAAAUCUUCAAAAUACAAACGCGAACAUAAGUGGAAGUAGAAUGCUAUCAGAUCCACCUACGGAUGUUCUUGUUGUCCCUGACGGCUGGAACGACACACUCCAGACUCUUUUAACUCUUUCUGAUAAACCAGACUGA